UAUACUUGCAAUUAGUUAAUAUUUCGGCUAAAUUUUGUAUACGCACGUUUCUCCCAGCAAAACUGCCGAAGGAAGAAAUGUGUAUAUAAUUCGACCGUUUGGAUAUUGGAGGCGGUAAUGCAUGGAUCGUAUUUUUGGCUAAAUUCUCGCAUGCUAAUUGGCGAUAUCCCUACUCAUCUUUGCUUUAAAUUACGGGAAAAGGUUAGAUAAGUUGUGUUGAUACGUAAUCAAUCCCAGAGAAUGACAAAAAAAGUAGAAGAGUAAGAAGUACGAAAACUUACAGUAAUAAUUACAGUAAAGUUAAUAUAAUAAAAUAAUAAUUUAAAUUUGAGACAAAGAAAAGAACAUUUCUAUUUGACACAUAUAUAUCGAAAAAUGUAUGGUAUUUAAAGUAAAUAGUAAUAAGAUUAAAUGUUAGAUUUUGAAUAUACUAUUAAAAUCUCAAGUAAACAAGCGAGAAAGAAAUGAAGUUGACUUAUAUUAUUAUUAGAAGCAUAAGCAAAAGGCAGCAAUGUAGAAUACAUUAGCGUAUUCUGUUUUUACCAAAAUUUGAUUUAUUCUGUCUUUUACCCGUCCACUAAAAAAAGACAGGUCUGGGCACUCGCUAGAGGAAAGUAUAUCUCUAGGCCUCUAGGUGAAGCCAAAACAAUGUAAUGUUUAACAAAAGUUAAUAAUUAAUUUAUAAAGUUUAUAUGGCCAUGCAUGAUUAUGUACAAAUAGGAAUAAUUUACUGUGUAUAUGUGAAAUAUUUCUCUCUAAAUGUGCGAACUUUCAUAAAAUCAGUUAAUAUAUAAACAGUAUUCAUCAUAAAUUAAUUGUACAAUUAAAUGACAGUAAUCAGAUUUGAGUAUUUGGCAACUAUAUUAAAAAAUAUGACCACCAAAUAUUAUUAUGCAGUAGCCAAAGGUCGUAAACCUGGGAUUUAUCAUACUUGGCCUGAAUGUCAUGAACAAGUGCUUCGUUUUUCUGGACCUGUAUUUAAAAAAUUUAAAACAGAAACAGAAGCACGCAGCUUCAUUAAAGAAUAUGAGAAAGCAAAUAAAGAAAAUGACGUGAAAGAUGCAUUACCUAUAAUUGGUAAAAGACAACAAAUACAAAUUGACAAAGGUACAGACUCUGAUACCGGACAAUCAAGUUCAAAAAGGCUAAAAACGAUAAGUUCAACAAAAUAUGAAAAUAUACGGAUAGAUAAAAAUUUAACUCAAAAUUUCAUUGUGGAUGGCGAUGGUUUUGUCAAUGUAUAUACGGAUGGUGCAUGUACUGGAAAUGGGAGAAAAGACGCAAAGGCUGGUAUAGGUGUUUGGUUUGGUGACAGUCAUCCUCUAAAUGUAUCAGAAGCUGUUGUUGGUCGAGCAACUAACAACAAUGCAGAAAUUAAGGCUGUAAUUGUAGCUGCUAGACAAGCAAGAAAGGCAGGUAUUAAAAAUUUGAAGAUUAAUACAGAUUCCCAAUUUCUUAUCAACUGCAUAAAGUAUUGGAUACAUAGCUGGAAAAAAAAGGGAUGGGUUACUUCAAAUAACACACCUGUUAUAAAUAAGAAUGAACUAAUAGAAAUGGAAGAAGCUUUAAAACCUCUAAACGUGGUUUGGAAUCAUGUCAAUGGUCAUGUUGGAAUUUAUGGUAAUGAAAUGGCUGAUAAAUUAGCUCGGGCAGGAAGUUCAAAAUAUAUCUAACAUUCAUAUGUAAUAUUCACAAAAUAGUCAUUAAAUAUAUGUGUUUUUAAUCAAUAACUUAAAUAUUUACAGUAUGUUUACAAUUAAAUUACACUGUGUAUUCUUGUAUGCAUUUUAAGAUACCUUAGAUUAUAUAGAAAAUAUUUGAUUUUAAUGAAAAAUAAUGUAAAAUUUUUUGUUAGAUUAAUGUAAAAAUUGAGAUGUUUGCAACAUAUUUAUAACACAUUUUAUAAAUAAUAAUCGAUUAUAUAAAAAUAUGUAUUGAUUGUAGUAAAUUGUGUUAAAUUAUA